AUGAACGAGACCCUCAACACCACCGUUCAGGUCGUUCAUCAAUCGGACAUAGCAUCGCUCGGCCAGAGAAAUCAGCGCAAGGACAGCGAAUUGAAUGCGCCAUGCUGUUCAAGACCGACGGUGAUACAGGCUAAUAUCCACAUGCCGCACUCUUCUUUCGCCUUUGAUCUGAGGCUGAAGCGUUCUCAGCAAUAUCAAGCUGCUUCGGCCUUGGGCUGGGCUCUUUGGCGCUCAUGUAUUUCCACGAAUAUGAUUACAGCGCAUUAA